AUGGAUGUUAUUGGACACAUAGAGCCUCCUGCGUCAAAUGUACAUCUUUUCAUCCUGGUGGCUAUCGAUUAUUUCACAAAAUGGGUCGAAGCUUCCACAUACAAGGCAGUGACUAAGAAGGUAGUGGCAGACUUUGUUCGCAAUAACAUAGUUUGUCGGUUUGGAAUUCCAGAAUCAAUUAUAACAGAUAAUGCAGCCAACCUCAACAGCGAUCUUAUGAAGGAAACUUGUGAAAGGUUCAAGAUUGCUCAUCGAAAUUCCAUAGUUUACCGGCCACAGAUGAAUGGAGCAGUUGAGGCUGCAAAUAAGAGUAUCAAGAAGAUUUCAAGGAAGAUAGUAGACAGUCAUAGGCAAUGGCAUGAGAAGCUACCAUAUGCUUUGCUCGAUUAUCGCACCACAAUCAGUACAUCAACUGGGGCAACUCCUUAUAUGUUGGUUUAUGGUUCAGAAGCAGUAAUACAUGAUGAGGUGGAAAUACCAUCUUUAAGGAUCAUCCAAGAGGUUGGUCUGGACGAUGCAGAAUGGAUACGUAGCAGGCAUGAACAGUUGAUGCUCAUCGAUGAAAAGAGGAUGGACGCGGUUUGUCAUGGACAACUCUAUCAGAACUGA